AUCCUUUCUUUCCCAGGUUUUUAGAGAGAGAGAGAGAGAGAGAGAGAGAAAGCGAGCGAGCGAGCGUAAGUGUUAGGGUUUUUUUUCUCCGCAAUGGAAGAGAUUACAGAGGGAGUGAAUAACAUCAGCAUCGUCGAUUCGCACAAGAAGAAUCGGAUUCAGGUCUCCAACACUAAGAAGCCCCUUUUCUUCUAUGUUAAUCUUGCCAAGAGGUACAUGCAGCAACAUAAUGAGGUUGAACUUUCCGCCCUUGGAAUGGCUAUUGCCACAGUUGUCACCAUUGCUGAGAUCCUGAAGAACAAUGGACUGGCUGUUGAGAAGAAGAUCACAACAUCUACUGUUGAUAUGAAGGACGAAUCAAGAGGGCGACCCAUCCAGAAAGCAAAGAUUGAGAUUAUGCUUGGGAAGACAGAGAACUUUGAUGAGUUGAUGGCCGCUGCAGCAGAGGAAAGGGAGGCUGCAGGAGAUGGAGAGGAGCAAAGCUGAUUAGAACGGAUGUUCGUCAAUCAUCUAUCUAGUUUGUUCUUAUUCUGUUGAUGAGGAUGAAUGGCACUUAACCAAUCUGUUUUUUCUUGAUUGUGCGACAUUUGAGUAAGAAUGAUCACUAGAUUGGCAUUUAGAAGAGUUUAGUAGCUGUGAUAUUGUUGUUGCGGUAGUAUCUUCUGUAGAAAAAAAUACCUCUGCCAUUCAAAAUUUGAUUUUUUGUUGUUUUU